AUGCUCACCCGCCGCACAUCCCGCGCCCUUCUCUCUUCCACCCCCUCCAGCCUGGGGCUCCGCAGACUUGCAGUCGCAGGCCCCUCCGCCUCGAACCUUCGCUUCCCAAGCUCAACGAAGUCUAUUCCCCAGGGCGCCCCGCGUCGGGGCUUCAAUUCAACGCCAGCGAUUCGCAAAGGCAUUACCCCUGGCUCGUCCGACCCGCCCGCGCCGCACCCAGAGUCCUCCGUGCGAGUCUCGGAGCCCUCGCCGUUAUCGAACCACCAGUACCACGAGCACUCUGAUCACUACUUGCAUGUCGUACAAGCUAAAAUCGAGGAGUUGGAGGAGGACAGACCGGAUAUUGAGACUGACCUUGGCGCCGGCAUCCUCCACAUCAGCGUUGCCAACGUUGGAACAUACGUUCUAAACAAGCAGCCCCCCAUCAAGCAAUUGUGGCUUAGUUCUCCGGUUUCCGGGCCGAGGCAGUACGACUGGGUUGUGGAGGGCGAUCAGAUGCACGAGAAGCAGGAUACGCGACCAUUUGCUAACGGGCAGUGGGUGUGUCUGAGGGAUAGUUCGAACCUGACCGAGUUGUUGAACAAGGAGUUGGGAUUGGAUUUACCUAAAGAUAUUUACAGCGAGCUUGAGUAA